AUGAUCACCUGGGUAGCGAUAUCAAAGAUGUCGUAUCCCUUGGCGGUCGAUAAAUUUGAUAAAAUCCUGAAACACACAUCUCACGCAGGCGUUGAGUGUUCCCUUGACUUCAAUAAUAUUCUCUGCGUGGUGUCCAAUCCACCCGGGUUUAGUGUGUUGUUCUUCGAGAAAACCGAACUGGAUGGCCCCAAAUCCGAGGACUUUUCCCUAAGAAAGAUCGAGAUCGAGUCCCUGCCUGCUGCGCUGGCUCCGUUUCUGACCAAGAUUCCAAGCCAUCUUCGAUCUGAAGACGAGCCACCUAUCGUGCAGGUGGUGGUAUCUACUGGAUCCGGAACGGGGAAAGCAAAGACUGUCUUUGAAGAUGUUGUGCGGCCCCUUUUUACAUAUAUUGGGCUAGAGAAUUAUGAGCCCUACGAAACAGAGUCGGCACAAACUAUUAUCGAGCUCGCACAAUCGAAGUUCCUGGAGCGGGCGCAUGAUGGCGUUCCUCAGACCAUCAUCCUUCUUUCGGGCGACGGGGGCCUCGUCGACAUUCUCGAAAUCUUCUACAAAUCCAAGAUGACAAUUGGUGUAUCCCCGAAUAUUGUGUUGAUUCCAUGUGGGACAGGGAAUGCCAUGGCAAGUUCCAUUGGAUUACGAUCUGGUCCGGUGCCGGGUCUUUCAACACUACUUCGAGGCAGCCCAUCUUCCAUACCGGUCUUUGCUGCUAGAUUUUCACCUGGCAGUCGGUUAGUCAUCGAUGAAGGUCGCCAGCGAGCCGAAGUCAACCCCGAUGCCCAACACACAUUAUACGGGGCCGUUGUUGCGAGCUGGGGGCUCCAUGCUGCUUUAGUUGCAGACAGCGACACAUCCGAGUAUCGCAAAUUUGGAGUCGAUCGUUUCAAGAUGGCCGCACAAGAGCUACUGAAUCCCUCGGAUGGCACCCCGCCUCACCAAUUCAAAGGCAAAAUCACAUUAACUACCUCGAAUGGCCCGAACAAGGCACGAGCCCAAGAAGCAGUGGAGGGGCUAGAGCACAUGUAUGCACUUGCUACCCUCGUUCCACGACUUGAAAAGGAUUUCUUGAUUUCCCCAGACUCGGUGCCCCUGGAUGGACAGAUGAGGUUUAUCCGCUUCGGUCCCAUGUCGGCGGAAGACGCGAUGCAGUUGAUGACUUUGGCCUAUCAGGGCGGUCAACAUGUGAUAGAAGAUACGGUAACCUAUGCCAACAUCGAGCAGGUUCGAAUCGAUUUUAAAGAAGAUGAGGAGAAGUGGCGACGCGUCUGUAUUGAUGGAAAGAUCGUCAGCGUCGAAAGAGAUGGUUGGGUGGAGAUUCGUAAAGAACCUAGCCGUUUGCUGAAUUUGAUCAAUUAG